AUGCAAAACAUACACGAAGAUUCAACCAUAGUUAGCUCUGAUGACAUGCUUGAAAGUGUUGUUGGUAUUGAUCCUCUCAAUAGCAGACUACCAACAGAGCCUCCCUUAGAGCCAUACGAAGGAAUGGAGUUUGCAUCAAUUGAAGAGACGAGAAUUUACUACACAAGGUAUGCUAAGAAUACAGGUUUUAGUUUUCGUAUGGGUCGUGUUACUAAAUCAAGAACAAAUGGUAUGAUAAUAGGUCGAGAAUUUCUCUGUUCAAAGGAGGGAUUUCGGGCAAAAAAAUAUGUGAAAGAAGAAAGUAAUAGUAUUAUCGUACACAAUGAAACUAUGGUAGGAUGCAAAGAAAUGUUGUAUUUAAAGAAAAAUGGAGAAAUAUGGAUUGUUUCAAGAUUUGUAAGGGAUCAUAAUCAUGAACUAUUUUCUCCUAAAAGUUCACAGUUUCUUCGAGUACAUAGAAAGAAGACUAAUGUGCAAAAAAAAAUUAUUGAUGUGUUUCAUGAUUCUGGUUUAGGCCCUAGUAAAAUAAGAUCUGUCUUAUGUACUGAAAGUGGUGGUGUUGAUAAUGUUAGAUUUAGUCCACAAGAUGUUAUCAAUUACUUAACUGAAAAGAGACAAAAAAAGUUAGAAAAUGGAGAUGCUCAAAUGAUGUUAUCAUAUUUUAAAAGUUGUCAAUUGAAGAAUCCUGGGUUUUUCUAUGCUUUUCAAAUGGAAGCUGAAGGAAUAUUAGCAAAUUGUUUUUGGGUUGACUCAAGGUCCAAAAUGGCAUAUAAAUACUUUGGUGAUGUUGUUACUUUUGAUCCGACGUAUUUGACAAAUAAAUAUAAAAUGCCUUUUGUUCCAUUCACAGGAGUUAAUCAUCAUCAACAAUCCAUUCUUUUUGGUUGUGCUCUAUUAUGGGAUGAAACUAUAGAGAGUUUUUUUUGGUUGCUAAGUACUUGGUUAGAAGCAAUGAGUGGAAUUUCUCCUAAAACUAUCAUCACAGAUCAAGAUGCUGCUAUUAGUAAUGCAGUUGCAAAGUGCAUCCACCAAUCUACCACUGUUGAAGAAUUUGAUUCUGAUUGCGAAGCAAUAAUUGAUAAAUAUGGAUUACAAGAUAAUCAAUGGCUAAACAAGAUAUUCUCCAUUCGAGAAAAAUGGAUUCCUGCUUAUGUACGUCACAAUUUUUGUGCAGGAAUGUCUACCACUCAAAGGAGUGAAAGUAUGAAUAAAUAUUUUAAGGAUUUUUUGAAUUCAAGUACUUCAUUAAGCCAAUUUGUGACACGAUAUGAAAAAGCUCUUGAUGCACGUUACAACAAGGAAAGAGAGAAGACUUUCAAAACAAGAAAUUCAAAGCCACUUUUACGAACUUUAUAUCCCAUGGAAGAAGAAACUUCAAAAAUUUAUACAAGAAAAAUGUUUAGAAUAUUUCAAGAUGAGUUGGUUGGUUCUCAAUUAUUUAUCACAGAAAAGGUUAAGUUUUCUAUUGAAGUCUCAACGUAUAAAGUUCGUGAAAUUUACAAAGAGAAGCCUAUCUACUAUGUGAAUUUUCAUGUCACUUCAAAAGAAGCAAAUUGUAGUUGUCACAUGUUUGAAUGUUCAGGUAUUCUUUGUAGACAUGUAUUAUGUGUAUUCAUAAAGAAAAAUGUUUAUUGUCUCCCUUCACAGUAUGUUUUACAUAGAUGGUCUAUUAAUGCUAAAAAAGAAAAGUAUUAUGGUUCACUCCCUCGAACUAUCAGAAAGAGAUUCACAAUCCGAAAAACAUCACGAUAUUGCAAUUCAAAGCAAAAUGGGAUUGCAAAACUUGAUUUAUUGGAUAUUGAAGAGUCAAAUAAGAAGUUUGUUGAUUCAGCAUCUGAAGAUAUGCCAAAAGUAUUUGAUGUUAACAUAGCUUUGCAUGACCCUCCACUUAUAGCAACUAAAGGACGUCCACGGACUUUGCGAAUGAAAAGUAGUUUGGAGAUGGUUAGAAAAGGUUCCUCCUCUACUUGUAGUUAUUGCAUGAAAAAGGGUCAUACUAAGCCUAAAUGUCCAAAUUUAAAUCAAACAAGGUGA